AAGGCAGGCAUCACAUGCAGAGGAAGCAUGCAGUUUGGUAUCAAAGUAAGAGCCGAAGUCUUGUCCCGGAUUUUCAUAUCUUGAAAUUCGUUCGUGAUCAAGAGGAAAGGAGAACGUGGUUUGAGAACACGUAAAAUUGUGAGACCACGGACGGAAUAAAGGUUAAGCUAACCUGAGCAGGGACCUGAUCCAUCUUCCUACGGAGAAAUUUCGCCUGGUGACAUGACCAUUUGAAAUCAUGUCUCACUCCAAUAAUGUCCAAAUCCUUAAUAAUUCUUCUACAAAGCUACGACUACUGAUUGAGAGGGGAAUUAAUAAAAGAUAAUAAUUAAUUUGGAGAUUUUUUUCUUUUCUUUUCGGCGAGUCUUUUUUGGUUUUGUUUCUUUUUUUUUUACUUUUUUUGAGCGGAAUAGUGCGGGUUAAAGUAGUAUUUUUAUUGGGAGAACCAGUUCAAUUUAGAUUUGAAACUAGUUUGGGUUGGACAUCUAUCUGAAAAAAAUUAAGAAAUUUAUAGAAUUUAAACUACGAGAGAGAGAGACACACACAAAUGGAGAAUUGAGACUGUAAAUCGAAAUCUUGGUGGAAAAUUUGCUGGUUCAAAAAAUACCCACUCAAAAUAGUGUAACAAAGAAGGAAUCUCUAAAAAUGGAUAAUGUCAUCUGGGUCGUCGCGUUGGGAUUCGUUGUCUCAUUUUUACUCGCGUUUGGCAUAGGAGCAAAUGACGUAGCAAAUGCAUUUGGAACGAGUGUGGGAGCAAAAGUGUUGACAUUAAAGCGGGCGUGUAUUCUAGCGUCGAUAUUUGAAAUCUCAGGCGCCGUUUUGUUAGGUUAUAAAGUAUCAGACACGAUAAGGAAGGGAAUCAUUGAUGUUUCCGUGUAUGCAAACUCUCCGGAGGAAUACAUGCUUGGAAAUUUGGCUGCACUUGGUGGUUCCGCAAUAUGGCUUCUACUCGCCACUUUUUUAAAAAUGCCGAUCUCUGGAACGCACAGCAUAGUUGGUGCCGUUCUUGGCUUUUCUCUAGUAGCACGUGGCUUUGAAGGGAUUAAUUUCAUAUCGUUGGCCAAAAUCGUGGCGUCGUGGUUCGUCUCUCCAUUAUUAUCCGGGAUCGUAUCCUCUUCAAUAUUCGUGCUUAUCAGAAAGUGGAUUUUAUCGAAAGCUGACCCCAUCGAGCCUGGACUUGCCUCACUCCCGUUCUUUUACGGGGUUACGCUCUUCAUCAAUGUCGUUUCAAUCAUCAUCGAUGGACCUGACAUGCUCAAGAUAAGCAUCGAUGGGCAGCCAGACUGGGUCGGGAUGUUAAUUGGACUUUUCCUCUCUGUCGGGAUUGGCGUCCUUGUCUCUAUCGUGGUUUAUUUAUGUGUCGUGCCGAGAAUGAGGAAAACUGUGAUGGACGAAAUAACUGCUGACAACGAAUCUCUCGAGAACAAGACCAUGUUCACCGUCGGAGGAGGUGACAAAACGCCAGAACCCUCAGAUAAGCAUCACUACCAUCCGAAUGGAAAUGCCACACCGGAAAUUGCAAUCCCCAUGGAAGGCCUGUCCCCCAACUCGUCCGCCGUUCCACUAAUCAAACACAACAAUGGGAAUAACAACGCAUCCAGCACCCUCAUUGAAACUGGGAGCAGUAACAACUCGGAAAUUAUCGAAAAACAAAUUCUCGAGAGGAAUGACAAGGAUAAACCUGGCGUCGGAAAGUUGUUUUCCUUCCUGCAAAUCAUGACCGCCGCCUUUGGAUCUUUUGCCCACGGAGGCAACGAUGUCAGUAACGCAAUCGGCCCCCUCAUAGCUCUCUGGUUGGUAUAUUCGCACGGAAACGUUCAGCAAACAGCGGCCACGCCAAUUUUACUCUUGGUGUACGGAGGUGUUGGCAUCUCCCUUGGAUUGUGGGUGUGGGGACGAAGAGUUAUCAAAACUAUGGGGGAAGAUUUAACCAAAAUUACACCGAGCAGCGGUUUCACGAUUGAAAUCGGUGCAGCGAUCACGGUACUUUGCGCAUCCAAAAUGGGAAUUCCAAUCAGUACGACGCAUUGCAAAGUUGGAUCUGUCGUUUCAGUGGGUUAUGUCCGAUCAAGGAAUUCCGUAGAUUGGAAGUUGUUUCGGAACAUAAUUUUCGCCUGGUUAGUCACCGUUCCAGUUUCUGGAGGCUUAUCUGCCAUGCUGAUGAUGCUUUUGAAAACCGUCUCGGGAUAUUAAAUUACCUUUUUUGUUCAUAUCGUUUUUUUCUAUCAUUAAUUGAUUAAUUUAUGUGUAAAACUAUAAAUGAAAAAUAAGGCUGAUGAAAGAUAUCUAAAAAAAAUAUUGUAA